UUGUGAAGCAAGCUGAGAAAUAACAUUAUAGUAAUAUUAGAGAUAAAGAUAGAGAGACAGAGACAGAGAGAGAGAAGAUGAAUAUGAUGCAAGAGGAAAACCGAAAGGGUCCAUGGACAGAACAAGAAGACAUCAUUCUGGUAAAUUUCGUACACUUAUUUGGAGAUCGGCGGUGGGAUUUUAUAGCAAAAGUAUCAGGUUUGAACAGAACAGGGAAGAGUUGCAGGCUAAGGUGGGUUAACUACCUUCAUCCUGGUCUCAAACGUGGCAAGAUGACGCCACAAGAAGAGCGUCUUGUCCUUGAGCUUCACGCUAAAUGGGGAAACAGGUGGUCAAAAAUAGCUCGGAAAUUGCCAGGAAGAACAGAUAACGAGAUAAAGAAUUACUGGAGGACUCAUAUGAGGAAGAAGACUCAAGAAAAGAAGCGUCAUGUUUCUCCAAGUUCCUCAUGUUCCAACUGCUGCUCUUCGUCUAUGACCACUACCAAUACUCAAGAUGUGUCUUUUCAGUCGUCAGGGAAAGUAAGCUUUUACGACACUGGAGGAAAUAGGGAGAUGAAUCAAGAAACCAAAGACGGAUACUCGAUGGAUGAUAUAUGGAAAGAGAUUGAUCACUCUGCAGUAAAAGUAACUCAACCAGUUAAAGACAUCUAUUUAGAGCAAAGCUACUGCUUAAGUUACCCCACUUUGGCUUCUCCAUCAUGGGAGAGCUCCUUGGAUUCUGUAUGGAAGAUGGAUGCAGAUAAAAGUAAGAUGUCUUCCUUUGCAGAUGAUCAGUUUCCUUUCUGUUUCCAACACAGUAGAUCACCAUGGUCUUCAGGUUAAUUAGGAUUCGAUUUAUUCGUUGAAAAUCUGUUUAUCUAUAUGUUAUAUAUUUAUAUAAAUACAGAAUAAAACCUAACGAGUGUAGUAAGUCUCUUUAAUAAUAACUAAAAAAGACAAGUCUCUGUAAUAAUCUCUCAUGUGUAGUGGUAAUCAGUUAGCCUGAGUUUCGUGCUUUGUUUAAUAUCUUCGUUUCCGGAGUGAAUGAGAACAAGUCUUGUUGUUGUGGU